GCAAAAUAGUCUAAUCAUCUUAAUUGAAUGAUUACAGGAGCCAAUAAUGAUGCAUACUUUUUGGCGGUUAAUUUUUAUUUGCAUCAUCAAAUCACGAACAAAGUCACACGAUACUUAAUCAUAAUAAUAAUAAUAAUGAAUGGAAUGAAAAAUAAAUUCUCAUACUUUAUUUCAAUUUCAUUUCUUCAGUUUAUUCCACCUCUGAAACAAUCUUCAUAUGCAGUAUAUCAAUUAAGUUCAGUAUUUUUAUUUAUAAAUAAUAAUAAAAAAUAAUAUCUAUCUAUACAUACAUUCAAAAACGUGCUCGAUCAAGUGUUUUAUGUGCAUCGGUAAUCGAUUAUGCAGCAAGACAUUCAAAUCGCGAAAAAACGUUUCUGAAAACAACAACAACAACAAUAAUAAUAACAGUAAUCACAACACCACCAGUGAUAAUCACAAUAAUAAUAAUAAUAAUGACACGGGUAGUAAGCAGCAUGAUAUACUUCCUGAAACUGCUGCUACUCUCGGUAGUGGUGAUUUACGACUAGCAGUUCGUCUUCCUGAAGGUGAGGAUCUACACGAAUGGAUAGCUAUCAAUACUGUAGAUUUUUUCAAUCAAAUUAAUAUGCUAUAUGGAACAUUAAUUGAGUUUUGUACCGAUGAUACCUGCCCUAUUAUGUCAGCUGGUCCAAAAUAUGAAUAUCAUUGGGCAGAUGGACAAACAGUUAAAAAACCAUUGAAAUGCUCUGCACCACAUUAUAUUGAUUGUUUAAUGAUUUGGAUACAAAAACAAUUGGAGAAUGAAGCUAUAUUCCCUUCAAAAAUAGGUGCUCCAUUUCCUCGUGAUUUUCUAAAUGUUGUCAAGGUUAUAUUAAAGCGAUUAUUUCGCGUUUAUGCACAUAUCUAUUACCAGCAUUUUUCUGAAGUUCGUGAUCUACAAGAAGAGGCCCACCUGAAUACAAGUUUUAAACAUUUCAUAUUCUUUGUAUUGGAAUUCAAUUUAGUUCAAAAACGUGAACUUGUCCCUCUUCAACAUUUGAUUGAUUUACUAACUAGGGAUUCAUCAAAUGAUAAGACAAUAAAUGAAUCUCCAUUAUCAGAUAAUCAACAUAAACAAAACAAUGGGAAUAAUCAUAAUAAUAAUAAUAAUAAUAAUAAUACUGUUUGCAAAGGUUUAUCGAAUGUUAAUUCUACAUCAAAUCAUCGUUUAUCACAUAAUGAUAACAGUAAUAAUCAUCUAAAUAACAAUAAUGAUAAUUAAUAGUUCUUUCAGAUGAACACUCACAUAUUGCCUUUCAUUAUCAUCAUUAUUCAUCAUGUUAAAAAGAAAAACAAACACAAGCCAUUGUAUAUUAUUGAUUAAUUACUACUUCGUUUGAAUUAUCUACCUUCUAUAUGCUGGCAAUUCUAUUUAGCUUGUUUUUUAUCUUCCUUACUAUAAAGAUCUUGACUAGUUUAAACGUGUAUGUGUGUAUGUGUGUGUAUAUGUGCGUGUACACUUUUGUUUGUGUAUGUAUGAUUUCAAUUGAAUUGUGUAUGUGUAUGCAUAUUAUGAAUGUAUGUGUGUAUGUAUAUAUAUAUAAUGUAUGUAUACAGGUAUCUUUUAGAUUAGGAUAAUUACCUCAUCUCCAUUACGGAGUUAGUAUCGAUCUGGUCAACAAUGAACAGAUAUUCAGCAUGUUAUUAUGAUAAUGAAGAAGUUGAAAUACCUAUUGAUAUACACAUAUGCCUAUAUGAAAUUUAUAUACUUUAAAAAAGUAAUAAAAAUAUAGUUUGUAUUCACAUGAAA